AUGGCAAAUCGUAUCGAUUUAUUCGUGCAAACUUUUAAACUGGCAGAGCUUGCCACCCGCAUACUAUUGGUCUAUGCAUGUGGCCAACUGCAAGAAGAAUCUAUGCUGUAUCAUUUUGAGGCAGAUGAAUAUGUUCAGGAAGGCAACGAGUGGUGCAUGUGGUUCGUACCAAAGAACGCGAGGGCAAUAAGGGACAUAAAGGUGUACAAAAAUGACAGUCUAAAACUUGAUUGCGCGUACUCUCCAGAAGCGCCACCGUGGAUUGAACUGUCUUUCAAGUGUUCAAAAGGAUGUGUGUCAAUCUUCUGCGCUCCCAGUGACCCAUACGGACUGCGAAUAGACGGUCAUAUUUGGCACGUUUACGUGCGUAACGCUAGUUCCAAUCUACAAGGAACUUAUACGCUUCAAGUGGAUUUUCAUGGAAAUCACCGUGACGUCCAUGAAGGCAGGCUUGAGGUCACCAAACCACCCAAAAUCAGACCAGGAGACAUAAACUGUAGCGAUCCACACUUUAAAGAUGCUCUACGCAGUCCCUCGGCAGAAAUACUAGAGGAGAAACACUUUCGAAAAACGAUUAAUAAAGAUCCGUUGACGGAAGGAGAACGGAUGCACGGCGAAAUAAUUCUGAGUCUUGGCGUACCAAAAGGAAAAGCUGAAGUCUAUAUUGUGAAACUACUCCGAAAUGGUAAUGAAUCGGAGCUUUUGACAUGUGACUCCAAUAUUGCGGAUUUGAACGAAGCUUUGGGUUUUCCUAAUCCAGCGAAACUGACCUUCGAUUGCCUACUCACCGUGGAACACGUGGGCUUGCUUAUCGUUGCAGCAAAUGUGCUUAGGAACGACCCAAAAAAACCCUUCACAACUGACAGUGCCCUACAAGCGGUCAAAACUGCCGCUCUCAAUUCGGUUACUCUUUGGCUGACUAAAACAAAACCCGAAAUUCCAGAAUUUGAGGGCAUUUAUGGCUUCGCUCGUCGUUUGGUCCAGCUUUUUGUGGGUUGGCCAGCAGUUGUUCCGUUAGGGUCUACUGCUAGAUUUAUCUGCUCCUUUCCAGAUGGAAAGGUGAUUAAUGCCAAAUGUUGGCGGGAUAAACAUGUGAAUGAACUCGGUAGGAGUACUAGAAUACCGAGCCCGAAAAAUCACGGAACCUAUUUUGAAGCGACGCUUGAGAAUGCUCAAUACAAUGAUAGCGGAGUGUAUACGUGUAGUGCCUCUAGAUGUGACCUAGAAAAAGGAUGCAUAACACGUCCCAUCUGCAGAGACAGACGCCUGUAUAUCUCUAAGCCGACAGUUACGUUCAAGACGUAUAUAGGAAGAGACUAUUCUUCGACUUUUUAUAUGUUUAACAAGUCUUACGGCGCAAGAAAUUAUGCUGAUGCACCAGAGAAGGUUUAUACUAAAGAAACACUUAUUUUGCUUUGCUCUGUACCUGAAGAGGAGAUCGGUAAAGGGGGAAAAAUAACAUUGAAGUAUACUCAUUAUGAUCCAGUCACAAACAUUCCCACUGAACUGGAAGUUAUACCGAACCGCCAAGAAACUCAGUCGCGCCAAGAGCGGUGGCAUUCUUGGGGGUCUCAGGAUUACAUUUGGGUUUCCUAUGUUAAUCAUUAUUAUUUGUUGGGCAAAACACCGAUGCCUAUGUAUGCGGGCCUACACAUAGCUGAAUGUCAGAUGACAUACUCACCGUCAAAAGAAGAACUGCCCGACUGGAUGAGAGAUCCCAACGAUAAAAAUGGAAAUCGCCUGCUGCGUAUACUUGGUUCAAAAUCCGCUCACAUAGAGUUUUAUCAAGGCGCCACUGGGGAGUUGCAGUUUGAGAGUAAAACUCCAUACUUUGAGGAACACCCCGUACCGCUGGGGACGAGUGUCAGGUGCAAGGGUGGGACAGGUUUUCCUCUUCUCAAGCACUCCUGGAGUCUCAUCAAUCCACUACAAAACGAAAGCUACAAAAAGUAUGCAAGCUCUUUGCCACUUCCGUAUUGGAAAACCGAGCGGGUCUUUAGGGAUAUUGACAAUUUUCAACCACCGAACAUGAUAAAUGGUGACACCGUGACAAUUCCCUAUAACUCCACUCUGCGCGGCGUCAGUUUUUUGUUUCUUUGUGAGGGCACAAAUACGGACUUCCACGGCAAAGCAUACACCAUACCUCGUCGUUUGCAUCUGACGGUCUGUAUAUGCACAGAUGAGAGAAUGAAAAAAAUUGAUAUUUCAAUGAUUGUUUCCCCUCAGCUGUUACCAUCAGUGAAAAUGGAAGGCCACUCGGGUGAGAUGGAGAGGAUUGACUUCUAUGGAAGGCGUUACCUUACGUUGCUGAGACAAAUUAUUUUAGGCUUGCCACAGAGUUCUGAGUUGGCGCGUAUCAGCAUCGUACCCACUACUAUUCUUGGUGACCUCAAAAGGCACCCACUCUAUCGAAAAGCACUAGACUUUAGGCACAACUUGACAAGACAUCAGCUUGUGGAGGGCUUGAUAUCCGAGAAUAUUCGUCCUGCUUCCUUAUUUAUCUCCGAGAAUUCAUGCCCUUACAAGUAUCGAGUACGCAUGGAUGAGGCUAUUCAGGCAAUUCCUGAAACCUUCUCAACCGCUAGGUCGAGAGGAAUGCGCAAACGACCGCACAUUAUUCUUUAUCCCAUGGAUCCAUGGAACCAAAUCGACUCACCCUCUAUUGCUGAAAAGAUUUUGCACAAGCUCCAGGGGGAGGGUUCGGAGUUGGUGAAGGUUUAUUUUCUUAACAAAUCCCAUGCCGUAUGGGAGGACAACACGCAUGGAUUUUCUUCCAGCCACACUGUUGAUUUAAUGCCGCAGGCUAAGUACGGUAGCAAAAAAUGUGAAGAUGCAAUGUCUGAUAAUGACGAGGCAGGAUUUAUAGAUCGUCUCGCCAUGUUUAACAAAAUAUGCGAACUAGCUGUGUCGGCCAAAAUUAAGGAUGCAAGGACGCCUGGCUUCCUUUACUUUUCCUUACCUUAUCGAAUGCAACUACUAUCAGCGAAAAUAACCAUCUCCUGUAUGUCUCGGCUGGAUCCCUUUGGGGCUUACAAACGACAGAUGCGCUUAUGUUUGGCCAACUAUGACGCAGUACGGACUUAUAAAGUCGGAAAGUCCUCGGUGGAGGACCUUGACAAGACGUGUGUCAAACACCUACUCACUACUGACUUUAGCAAACCAGAAGACAGGUGUAUAGCUCUUCACUAUGAAAUGGUGCUCGAGGAUUCUCACAAUGGUCUCUUUGCUGUUUGCUAUCGCCGGACGCAAGAUAUGGCAAAGGAACUUGCAACCUUCGCAUUCCGUCCUAUUCGUCUCACAAGCAUUCCACUCACAGAUCCUGUCCUCGUGGUCGUACACUGGCCUAUGAAAAGCGUCGAACGUCAACUGACUGCCUUCACGUUGGGUCAGAUCAAUCAAAAAGGCAGCGUCCGUUUGAUUUGGCGAGAGAUUCCCCCUAACGCGGAUGAAGCGGACAUUUAUUGCCUCAUCAGUCGACCUGGGAUUAAUGCAACAAAUUUCACAGCUCUGCCAAAUAUCACAGCCACCAUAAAGGUCAGUAAAAGCGAACGACGGCGCUUUCUUGGCGGUUGUCCACGAGAACCAGUGAUUAAGACACUAUUCAGCCAACCUCACUCCAACGAGGCCGCCUCACCUAAACUUGGCAACCAAAUGUAUCUCAGCUGCGAGGCCGACACAGGAGUGGAAAAUGCUCCCAUACAGAUGGCUUAUGCUGACAAAGAGACACGCUUUGUCAUCUGUAAUCACCCCACCCAGCGCGACCUAACAGGCGUGGUUAAAGACCAGCUUGAAAUCAAUUUAGACUGCUGGUUUGCUGACUGGAACAAAGGAGGCUGUUUUCAGCAGCCAAAUGCAAUGUAUUCCAAGCCUGAACUUGUCAACUUCACAGCCUGUAAAAUAAAAAGGCAGCCCAAAUAUUACAGUUCCAUACGAACCAUAGAAUUGGAAAUUCCUCUACUCAGGAUAGAGCACUUUGGCGGAUUUGUCUUCUGUGAAACUGUGCCUCGGAGGUUUGUCGGGAAAAAGAUUCCAGCAAAGAGAUUAUUGAGUAAGUACCUGGAGAACUACUUUGAAGUAGAGCCCCAAAUAUUGAGUAUGGAAGUCUCCCUGUUGGAUUGGAAUUGCUUGGUUAUUGCCAAUCCACCAGCAUCUGAGACCAGUUUAGAGACCAUUGAAGCAUAUCCACAGAGCCUGCGAAGGGCACUUGCGGAGCCGCACUUAAGGACUUCUUACAAUAACAAGUCCUUAAUGUGGCAAAUGUCCAAAGAGGCGGCUAACUUCUUUCCCACUGACUAUUUAAAAUCAGUAAAUGACGCAAACAGCAGCAUGCUCUCCAUCGUAAGUCUCUAUCGACCUCCGCCUAACCCUGAACGUACGACUGAAGGUGGGCUGGCAACUGUGGAGUGUUCCGUGACGCAAAAGGACGGGGAAAAUUCUCGAACUGCUUCCAGACGUAUUCAUAUUACUUACCCCCGUAGCUCAAAAAUGUCACGACUCCCCUCCGGCACGACGCUCAUUCCGUCCUCUGGAGUGGUUGAACAGGGAUCAUCCUGGGGAAUUCGAUGCACCCUGCCAUCCAACUUUCGCAUUACUGCGCUGUAUGCAUAUCUGCUGUAUAAAGCUGAUUUGGAAGGAUGGGGAUUCGUCGGUGUUCCAUUGGUCCGUAUCAAAGUGCAGACUGACGUUGAAUUGGGGAAACGAGUUCGCGUUGAGUCCUUUCGCCCAGUUGGCCUGUGGAUGAAGAAACCUCUAGACGACCUUACUGUCACUCUCUUAUCAUCGGGUGGCAAAAAUAUCAUCGAAAUAAUGAUAAAGAAGGCCAAAGUAAGUUUCAGCUUUUGUUUUCUGCUAGCAUGGUCCGUUACGCUUUUUAUUCCUUUUUUUCUCGGCCUGUCACUUGAAAUUUGUCUGUUUUGCCGUGCCUAUCAGCUAAUUUCAUGCGGAACACAUCCAAAUGUUUACAUUAUUAGCGUCAACGUAUGA